AUGGCGCUGCGCGGGGUGCGGGUGCUGGAGCUGGCGGGCCUGGCGCCGGCCCCGCUCUGCGGCCAGAUCCUGGCCGACUUUGGCGCCCAGGUGGUGCGGGUGGACCGCUUCAGAAGCGCGGCCAUCCACGCGGACGUGCAAGGCCGGGGCAAGCGCUCGCUGGCGCUGGACCUGAAGCAGCCUCGGGGCGCCGAGACGCUGACGAGGCUCUGCCAGAAGGCGGACGUGCUUCUCGAGCCCUUCCGACCAGGUGUCAUGGAAAAUCUUAAUCUUGGUCCAGACGUUCUCCUUAAAAAUAAUCCCAGACUCAUUUAUGCUAGGCUAACUGGAUUUGGCAAUUCAGGAGCCUAUAGCAAGAUGGCAGGUCAUGAUAUCAAUUAUUUGGCUGUGUCAGGUGUGUUAUCGAGACUUGGCAGAAAAGAUGAAAAUCCUUACGCCCCUGUCAAUCUUCUGGCUGAUUUUGCUGGAGGUGGUGUCAUGUGUGCACUGGGCAUAAUUAUAGCACUCUAUGAACGUACAAAAUCUGGUAAAGGGCAAGUCAUUGAUGCAAGUAUGGUAGAAGGUGCAGCAUACCUAAGUUCUUUCCUGUGGAAGUCGCAAAACUUGGGCCUUUGGAACAGACCGCGAGGGGAAAACCUGCUGGAUAGUGGAGCCCCUUUUUAUGAAACAUACAAGACCUCAGAUGGGAAAUUCAUGGCUGUUGGAGCUCUUGAGCCACAGUUCUAUAAGCAGCUAAUCAGUGGUCUGGGGCUAGAUUCUGAUAAACUUCCCGAUCAGUAUGAUUUUUCUGGCUGGCCUGAAAUGAAGAGGAGGUUUACUGAUCUGUUCUCAAAGAAAACCCAAGCAGAAUGGUGUGAAAUCUUUGACUACACGGACGCCUGUGUGACGCCGGUUUUGUCUUUUGAUGAUGUCGUCUCGCAUCCGCACAACAAAGAACGUGGGACUUUCCUUAAAAAUGACCAGGAAGAGAUAAGUCCUAGACCUUCUCCACUUCUUUCCAGGACCCCGGCUACCCCUUCUACCCGAAGGGAUCCGUUUAUAGGAGAGCACACUGAAGAGAUUCUCUUAGAUUCUGGUUUUUCUAAGGAAGAGAUCGCACAGCUUAAAGCUCUCAAAGUAAUUGAAUCCAAUAAGCCAAAGGCUAACUUAUAAAUCUACAGAAACCAGGGGUCCAAGACUGCCCAAUGGUAUUUUUUAUCUUCUGCUACCCAUGGGUGCUGUGAACUCAAGAAGGGAGAGUUAUGGACAGAACCAUUUAGCAGUUUAAAUGAUUUUGGAAAAAGAUAUUACUCCAGCGUGGAGUUGGAUAUUUGCAGAUUACUACGGCUAAUUUAUACUUUCGGAAAAGCUGGCAUUGGGCAAGAGACGUAUUGCUGGCCUCCUACUGCUUUACCAGUAGCCACUAAGAACCAUACAUUUAGGAGAUGGAAGUGGACAUCACAAAUCAGAUUAACUCUAUGCUGAUUUGUGUGGGUCGUAAUGCAGAUGAUUUCGAAGGGUAACCGUGUUGAUCUGCAGUAGAACCGCUGUAUUUGGGUCCACUGACUUCUAGGCUGGCCACUGGUGUGAACAGACUGUUAGACUUGUUGGGCCUUUGGUCUGAUCCAGCAUGGCUCUUCUUAUGUUCAGUAGCACUUUAGAGACCAAAGAUUUUUGGGUUAUAACCUUUGGAGAGUCAAAACUCCUUUUGUCAGGUACUGACGAAGGGAGCUUUGACUCUUGAAAGCUUAUACCCUGAAAAUCAUGUUGGUCUGUAAAGUGUUACUGGACUCAUAUCUAGCUGGUCGUAAUGCAGUACACUAAGACCCAGCAAAAGCCUUGCUUGUGCUGAUGUAUUGUAGGAUGGUUGGUUUCUUUCAAACAGUCCCAGUUAAAGUUAUAGCCUUCAGAGCCCAUUGACUCUGCUCAGGAUUGCAUGGUCUAUUAACCAUAUGAAGAAACUAUUUUUUUAAAAAAAAGAAAACUAGACAAAUUUAGGCUGCAACACAAUGGUAUAAUAUGUAGAAUUAAUGUCUGAAAUAACCAUUUGAACGGAUGCGUAUUACCUUUUAGAUUGUAGCACCAAAGCCCUAGACAUAUUUUCAAAAAGACCUUAGUUUUUGCUCCCAAUGCUAAGAAUUUUAAGUUUUCAUAGCUUUGUUCAGUAGGCAUGCUCUAGGGGGAAUGUUCCACAGUGUCCGUAGUUUUAAGGCAUUGGGCCUGUGAAGAAGAAGAAAAACAGUGGACUUGUUUUACGAUCCCAAAACAGAAGGCACAAGUGCCUGCAUCAGUUGUUGAAGGAAUGUGAGUAGUUCUGCAGAACAACCACAAAAACCCCCACCCACCCUAUUUUUAAUUUCAAAUGUAUAAAAUUGUAUUGUCCAGAAAAAUAGCUUCUUUUUGCACUGCUGUUAGCCAUCCUGUCAGAAUUUUAUUGAUAUCCUUCAUAAUUUGGAUAGAUGAUUCGACUCUGUAUUGUUUUGGUUAGCGGCGUCAGUGGGAAGCCUUGGGUUUGAUUAAGGCUAUUUUGUUUUAAUUUGGAGCCCACCCUUUGUUAUAUAACUUUUACUAUGGCAUAGCUAAAAACAAAUCAACUUUUGAACUGAUGUAACUGAAAGGUCUACAAAUUAAGUUUUAUAAAGGUAUUCAGUGGUUUUCAUAAAAUGUGUUAAAAGCAUUUUUUCUAAAUCUUACUAAUAA